CUGCGUUUAAUGGUGCCGUGUCGUGCUGGUGCUAAGCGUGCCCGUUUGCCACCUCUGGGUGGAGAAGAGUCGGAAGACAUUUGAAUCAAUAUAUACCACCCCAACGCCGCGCUUCUCUUGUAUCGAGUGUGUUGUGGGACGCAGCCAUGGCCCUACAUCUCCUCUUCGUUUUCAGUCUCUUUAUCUCAUUCUUAUGUUCAUCAACUGGCGGGAUCACUCUCAAAGGUAUUGAUAUUGAAAACCCAGUAAUUAAUGUCAACCCGGCACCGGUUUCUGGUUCCAAAGAUGCUUUAUUCUGUGAACGAGUUCGAGUAUCUGGUAUAUCUAGAUCAAAUCUUGCGAGUUAUGCUAAUUCCUUUCGGAUUUCGCUGUCUCCAUCUGUCGUAAUCCCAGAGAGACUGCAUAGCAGAAUUGCUAUCUGUUUUCACAGUAAUGCCUCGCUUGGACUCUGUCAGUGUAGAAAGGAUGAUUGGAAAACUCUUGAGAAUGGGUUAUGGGAAUCUGUCAUGUCCCCUUAUCAGGAAAAAUAUGUUGAUGUCAAGUACAUUGGCAAUUCACUUGGGUGUUCCACUCUCACUGUUGAACAAGUCUCUCAGCAAUGGCGCCUAUUGUUUCUAGCCAUGGGAUUCAGUUUACUGUUGCUGGCACCGAGCAUCAGUAGUUGGGUUCAUUUUUAUUACAGCACUUCAAUGGUUAUAGGAGUUUUUAUGGUCAUUAUAUUCCUUCUCUUCCAGGGAAUGAAAUUGCUGCCAUUUGGAAGAAAAAAUUUCUUCUAUCUUGUUACUAUAUAUGGAUCAGUGCUUGGAGCUGGAUCUUAUGUUUUUCAGCACUUCUCUGCCAUGGUAAAUUCAUUUCUUGUGAAUUUUGGGAUAAGUGAAGACAUGCACAAUCUGAUCUCAAAAUUUUUACUGGUUGCAAUUAUCGUUACGGGUGCUGCACUAGGUUACUGGAUUGGGAGGAAGUUUUUCAUCUCAAAAGAUGGAACAGUAGAUGUUUCUGUAGCCCAAUUUGCUAUGUGGGCAAUACGCUUUUUCGGAAUCACGUUCAUCUCUCAGAGCACUCUCGAUACACCUUUGGCUAUUGGGGCGUUGGUUUCCUGCUUGGGUAUCUGCAAGCUUAUCACUUCUCUGAAAUGGCAUGGCAGAAUGAACCAGUCAAAUGGUGCGAGUGGGAGACUUCUACUGCAGAAAAGAAGACACAGUCGUUCAGAGUUCCUUAGUAGGUCCAGCCCACUAGAGGCAUGGAACAGUACAAGGGAUGCAUCUGCUUGGUCUGAUUCUCCUGUUAAAGGUGUUGUAUCGCCAUCUUUUAGGGCAUGUAAUCAACAGGAGUACUAUUCAACCUUCCACAAAAUGCGAAACCAAAAGUUCACAAAGAAAGAGUGGGAUGAGUUUACACGGGAAUCAACGCGACAUGCUCUAGCAGAAUGGGCAGCAUCUCCUGAAUUCACUGAUUGGGUUAUGGAGCAUGCCGACCGCAUUCAACUCCUUCCAAGCGAUAGUUCAGAUGAAACUGUGGGAAGUGAUUCUGAUUCUACAGAUGAGAAUGACGUGGGUAGCAUGGAUCGGUGUGGUUUUCUCAAAUGGUAGUGGUCGACGUAAAAUUUUAUGCCAACAAUUGCAGUUUAGUUGUCUUUAGUACCUGCUAAUGUACAUCACACAGAUUUGGACUGCCUGCAGAAAGACAACAUGUAAAGUUUUAUAGAACUGGGUAGGGAUGACUUGAUUUUUUGCACCAUUCAGCGUUAUAGUGAGCCUCGUGGAGUCACCCAAAUAGUUAACUAUCUCAUGGGCGCAGCAAUCUUUCACAAGUAGUUUCUGCUACAAGUUUGUGGCAUAUAGAAGCUGCCGUAAGUUUUAGCCAGUGUCUUUCUGAUUGUUGAACGGAUAAUUCUCCGACUGUGUUCUUUCAACCUGCCGUGAGUUUGAACUGAAGUCUUGUACUGUUCCUGCAAAGCAUCAAAACUGACCGUGGGUCAUUGAACAAAAAAAAUAAAAAGAAAGAAAGAGAAGGGAAAGCACCGUAAGACCUAGUUUGGUACAACUUCGCAUUUAAAAAAAUCAGCUUCUAUUUGAACUUUUAG